AUGGUGGAAAAUAUGCUGGCGGAACUGAUGGAGGGGGUCGAAGAAUUCUUGAGGCAAAACAGGGAGAUCAUAAAUGAGAACAGAAACUCCCUAAAUUUUACACAGACAAGCAACUACAGCCCCAGAGAGCAGGACAGGCAGCGCGAAGACAUGCACCGACUAAUCAACGCCAUCCAUGAAGAUCAAAAGACCAACUUCCUCGGCUUACAACGCUUUACCGCCACGCUGGCAGACGAAGUAAAACAUCAGCUCCUCUACCUGGGACAGCAAGUUAACCGAUCCAUACCGAGACUACUCGCAACCGAGCCCGACUCUGCCAAGCUACCAUCAGACAGUGCAGAAUCAGGCAAUCCAGACACCGGCUCAAUCGCCGGGGCAAGGACCAGUAGUCCAAGGCUCACCACUCCCAUGGCGAGGAGGCCAAAAUCCCUCCAACAGGACUGGCCAUAG